AUUCUGCUUUUUUCAAAAAAACAUUUGUUCAUGUGAACAAUGCCCUGAACAAAACCAUUUUCAGAGGACCUUUGAAGAAGAAUUGUAGAAAUGCAUAAAGCUGUAAAAGACCUUUGAAGAAGAAUUGUAGAGAUGUAUAAAGCUGGAAAAGGCUACAAAAGCAUUUCUAAAGGGUGCGCAGUUUGUGACGUCAUCGACCACAAGUGCUUUCUGUCUGGGCGGACGCCUGCUUGGCGAGCGCUUCGGUAACUACCUGAACCUGUUUGGAACUAGCUGGUUUUUCAGCGAAGCGGCGGCGUUAUCCGACAAGUUUUUGGCCUAAAAGCUAACUCUGCUCUAGAAGAUGGCUGACGACUUCGGGUUCUUCUCGUCUUCUGACAACGGAGCACCUCCGACUGACGACGACCCGGCCGCUGCGUUUUUAGCGCAACAAGAGAGCGAGAUAGCCGGCAUUGAGAAUGACGAGGGGUUCGGAGCGCUGGAAGGGGCCGGGCAAGUUCAAGAAGAUUCGCCACCCCAGUCAAAUUACGAUGGCUUUGGAGAGGAGGCAGCUACAGUAAAUGGAGACAUGUUUCAGGAAGAGAUCAGGGAGACAGAUCAAGAAAUUGAAGAGUUUGGACUGGCGGAAGCCCCUCCUCCCCCUGAGACCGCCCCGAUCGACUCCUCCCCCAGAUUGUCGCCGCUCAGCAGCGAGGCCUUCCCAGAACACGCCCUCUUCGACCCCCUGGAGUUUCAGGAGUCCAACGGGCCCACGGACGGGUACGCGGCCAUCGCCCGCGCCGACCUGCAGAGGGCGGAGCCCGAGAGCCUGAAGAAGUGGAGGGAGGAACAGAAAGUUCGCCUGGAAGAACUGGACACCGCCUCCAAGGCUGAGGAGGCGGAGUGGAGGGAAAGGGCCAAAAAGGAGCUGGAGGACUGGCACCUGCACCAGAGCGAGCAAAUGGAGAAGAACAAGGCCAACAACAGGAUUGCUGAUAAGGCGUUCUACGAGCAGCCCAACGCUGACGCUAUAGGCUAUGUAGCUUCAGAAGAGGCCUUCCUGAACGAGGGGGAUGAGGACGCCCCGGGGUCCGAGUGGGAGAGGGUGGCCCGGCUCUGUGACUUCAACCCCAAAACGAGCAAGCAGAGCAAAGACGUGUCCCGCAUGCGCUCCGUCCUCAUCUCCCUCAAACAGACGCCCCUGGUCCGAUAGGGCCAUCAGUGUGCACACACACACACACCCAUACUUACACAUGCAUGCAUACGUGUAUGCACGCACACCCUCACACACACACACACACACACACACACACACACACACCCUUGUUCCAGCAGUCAUGCUCUGUAACUCCUGUGUAGCACUAUAGCUGGCCCACUCUCUCAGACAAAGGGAAGUCAGUCUUUUUGUCCCCUGCCCGACCAAGCACCUUAUUGGUUACUUUUCACAUAAAGAUGCAGAAGUCCCACAGGUCCACAGCUUUCUCAGCCUGCAGCUGCCCUCUUGUCCAGGCCUGGUAACCCACUCCAUUUUUGACUGACUAAAAAACUGUAAGCAGUUUGUAUAAGAACAACCACAUUCCAACACUGACUUUCUGUGCUAGACACUACACUGCAAACAUUACACUUCUGGUGUUUUCUUUUGAAGGAGUGGGUGAGGCUAAUUCACCCAGUUCCUCAGCUAUACUGACACCUGUAACAGGGACAUGGUACAUCUCUAGGGUACCCUCCUUGUUGUAUGGGACCUUCCCUGAAACCUCACCAAGCAAGCCUUUGUGAACCCCAGAGUGGACCUGUGCUUUAAACAGAGAAGAAUGGUCUGGUGCUGACUGCAUGGAAAUGUGAUUGACAGCACCUGGUGGCUCCGCCCAUUACGGGGCUCACAAAGCCUAGCUUUGCCAUCAUUGGCCCACCCACUUACCCCAGUGCAUUCUGACCUUGAUGCUGGCCAAUGAGGGCGAGGAGCUGCUGUGAAGGCUGUACGUUUUGAGGCUCUGCAUUAUCUCUCUAGGUCAAUCACGGGCUUUGCCCAUCCUGUUACACCUGUACGGUAGGACGCUACACCGUUGGCCAACUUUACGACCAACCUAAAAACAAAAGCAACACACAGAAUUGCAGAAGUGUCACUGUCUACCUAAAAGAAAAGAAACGUGUUCACAGUUCGCCUUUGAAUUAACAUAUCAGACGGAAAAAAAAAACAUGAAAAAAAGAAAAACGAGGCUUUUAUUGCUGAUCGCCAGUGUGCGCGCUGGCUCGCAUCUUGAUAGCUUGUUUAGCUGUGCCUGCUGCUGACCCCGCCCCCACCCCCCCCCCCCGUCACUGUGUACAUCACUAAGCUGAAAGAGAACCCCCCUCCCCUCCCUCUGGUUUUCCCCUUCGGCCGUGCCUGAGCUAACUCGUUUAGGCUCACCCAGAAAAAGACCAUCGCGAAGACCAGAUGCGCUUGUUGCCAAACCCGCUGUCAGACAGGAAGUCCUGGACCAAAGGGCGUGGCGCAGAAGAUCUGCUUCCUGCGUUUCUGAGAGCUUGCAGCUGUCGAAAAGCAGAGUUCUCAAGUGUGCCUCUGGACGUGCGUGAACAUACGUAUGCACACAAUAGCUACGCUGUAGAGCAGGGAUACUCCAAUCCGGCCCUCAAAGUCAGCAGUACUGCUGCUCUUUUCUUCUGCCUGAUUGUCCGGUCAGAGAUUACACUCUCCUGGUGCAUCCGGUUUAAACCGGUCUCCAAUUGGAGGGGAGGAAUUAAAAUCCGCAGUACUACUGGUAUCCCUGCUGUAGAGCUUUAGGGCUUCUUUAAUGUCUGUAUGGUCAUUCGAUUGCACUGUUUGUGUUUAACACCUGUUGUUUUUUUGAGCUGACCAGCUGCACAUUCAUACUCUGUCCAAUCAGCAUGCAGCUUGUUCAGGCCUGUUAACCUGGGCAUUUGUGCAUCAGUUUCCAUUUGCAUUUUUAAUCUUCUUUUUCUAUUUUUGUGUAUUUUAUUUUCAAGCUGCAUGGUGCCAGAUUAAUUAGCGGUUCCAGUAUAUUCUCUUUAGCUGAAUUGACAGUUGCCAACAUAAAUGUCUACACAAACUUUUAACCCAGAAACCGUCAAAUUUAUAAGACAUCUGACUUGAGGGUACACAAUGCGCACUGAAUCAAUGCUGUGUUCAACAGAGCUAGUGCACUGUAAAUACAGGUAGUAAUAGCAAUCAUGUUACCCCUAUAAUCUUAAAUAUAUAUUGGUCAAUAAAUUAGUCACUGCUACUGUUGGAUGAUUAUUAGGGUGUGUAUAAUUGGUUAGAAACUCGCAUAUUGAAUAUACUUUUUGUUUUCAUUUAAUGAAUGUGCCAGUGUGGUACUGUAUCCUGUGGCCUUUAAGAAAGCCUUGCUCCUGUACUGCCAUAAUGUUAGUGCCUCUUCUGUCAUUCAAAACCAGUUUACCUUCCUGGGCUGACCGCUAGUUUGUUUUCUGUAGAAAUACAGAGAACUUUUUUUUUUUGAUUGUUUUUUUUCCCCUCUGAGUACUGGGUAAUCCAAUCCACCAAUCAGAUUACAGGGCAGUCUGCCUCGCUUGGCGGAGUUCUGUGUCAAAUUGUUACUUGAAACCCCUGUGAGACUGGUGAAGGGCGUCCAUAGGAGAGGGGGAGGUGUUCUUGGUUGGGAGUUUUACUUUUUUUUCUUUUUAAAAAAAAAUUGUGUCCCUGCCCACUUUAGCUAGACUUUGGUGAGUCCAGUCCAGAUGGGCUGCAGUCCCACAGGUUUUCCGCUCCUUCAAAAUGGGCGUACCAGUGGUAACUUCCAGUUCCUGUGCAAUUAAUGGCUUUGUUUUAAAACAUCUUGUACUCAGUUCAGUUCAAAAACUGCAUAAUCAUGGGAUGACUUUAAAAAACUUGGUGGAAUUUUGCAGAGUAGAGGAUUAACCGCUCACUUAGGAGCUGAGCGGGCCAGUCCGUGUAAAGUCUGGACCGAACCUUAGAAUCUGAGAAACUACAGCAUCCUUCAGCAGAUGUUCUAAAACUCAGAAGUUCAGACAGCAAAAUUUCUUCAGAAAUCUUCUGUAAAACCACAUUGUCAUCUGGUGAUUUUUAAAAAAAUACAAACUGAAGCUGAGGCAGGCCCGAUGGCUGUCUAAGCCUCCAGCCAUUAACCUCCCCCUACUGCAAACCCCGGGCCCCAGGAAAGACCAGCCAAAGUCACCCCUCCCGUUAAAGGUUCCUGAGAUCAUGGUUUUAUAUGCACUGUGUGAAACAAAGGCCUUUUUGGGUAAAAACAAAGAGGUGCAAGCCUUUCUCUCUCUCUCUCUCUUUGCGUUGAUGUCCCGUGUCCAUGUUCUUGCAUACCUAUGUAACCUGCAUGAGUUAUGUGGCGUAGUUUGGAAUAACGCAUUCGGCUUUAGAUGAAACGUCACAUGGUGAACUGUUACUCCCAUCUACUGUAUGAGAGGGGACAAAUAAAGCUAAGUUCUAUUUAAAGGAA